UGACCUAGGGAUUUCAGCAGUUGGCAGUCGAACACCGUUUGCCUCCGCGACGAACCGGUCGGAACUUACUCCGCGUGUGUUGUGGAGGAGGCAAAAUUCUCUCUCGCAGCAGGCUCAGCAUAUAGUAAACAAAAGAUGGGACUUGAAGGCGAAGCUUAUGUUACCAAGAGUUUCUCGUGAGGCAAAAUUCACGGCGUCCACGCCACAUAUAUCGUGGAUCGUUUUCACAUCUAUGGGGAACCAGAAAUGCGUUAAAAAGUCAUUAAACGCAUGACUCGAAAGUGCAACAAGUUAGAAAAAUUAUUAAAAUCGAGGGAAUGGACACAAACCUGAAAAUGGAUGCUCCGAAAAAUGAUAUCAAAGUUUUAGUCAAGGAUCCCUUAUUAGAAAAUAGAACGAACCUCAUUGAGUGGAAUGUGGAUAUGAAUGUUACUCUAUCUGGAUCAAAGAAAUUACAAUUUAUUCAGAGGAUAAAAAAUCUUCUGAUUUUCAUUUUAGUGGUUGCAUUUGCAGUUGUGUUCUCUCAUUUGAAAGGAGAAAUUCGCGCCUUACAAGUUCAGAUAAACGACAUGAAUGCAAACCUUGUGAUAUUAAUGUUGAAAUACGAUAAAUUAGAUAAAAAUUGUAAUUUCCUUCAACGAUCAUACGAGAGAUUUCAAAUGAACGCAAAGGAUUUGAAAAGAUUCACGAGAAGAGAUUUCAAUAAUCAUUUUAUUCAAGUCACUCAAAUUCCUUCGCGCGAAAUAGUUGUUGAGAAUUUAAAGAAACAAAAUGAAAAAGAAAUGGAGAAAAAUCCAAAUUCCAGCAGUGAAUUUAAAAAUGAGAGGAUAAAUAUUGAGAAUAAAGAAAAAGACAAUGUUCAAAGUCUCGAAAAUGAAAGUUCCAAGUUUACUAGAAGAAAAAAGAGUUUAAGAAUUCGAAGGUCUUUAUUAAUGGAAAAAAAAAGAAAUUCAACAGAUGUGGAUUUCUUGCUCGAAAAUGAUAAAAGUGAUUAUGAUGAUGAUGAUGACGAUGACAACGACGAUGAUGAUAUUAACGAUGAGGAUGCUGACUUGGAGAGUAGCGAAUAUAGAACGUCUCGAGCACGCAGAGAUGAAGGAAGAGGUAAAGAGGCGAGAAAGAACAAAAACAAAGGGAGGCCCAAACGCAGUCGCAGGCGAUUGGGGCCUUGGAUAGCAACUUUUGUUGGAGCCCAACCCGAGCAAUUCGUGACUGACUCAGGUAUUUACAUCGGGCCGUGGGUGAAAAGUACGAGAAACGAAUCACGCUAUAAUUUCAACAAGUUUCAUCUAGUCGAGAAUGAAAAGUCCAUUGAAGUUACCACUAACGGCCUAUACAUGAUCUCUACACAGAUAUUUUACUUUGGUGAAUCAACGAAUUAUUCAUAUUGGAUUCUUUUGAGUUCCGAGGGUUCGUCAAUACCGCAAAGACUUGCAAAAUGUGCGACAGUUUCGGCUGAGACAGUUACAGAAGUUUCUUGUCAUACGAGUAUAAUAAUUCUACUAAAGAGAGGAGAUCGAUUGCGAUUACAGCAACAAGAACGUAAUAGAUUAAUAAAUCUUCGCGAGGGUCACAGUUACAUUCAAAUUGCCCUUUUAUCGAGUGAUACUCAAAAAAGAAGAUUAUCAUAAAAACAGCAAUAUUGAAAAAAAGAAAACAAAAUCCAUUUGUAUUAUAAAUCAUUGUGCAUUCCAAUGAUCAUAUUUUUAAGUUUCGUCGUCAUAAAAUAUUGUGAUAGUUUAUUUUUUGUUUUCUAUAUAUAUAAUAUAGAAAAUAUUAAAUUUUCCAA